CGGAAGUCUAUGGUCAUUAAGAGUGGCCAUUUUUUUCACAAAAAAAGUGGGAAGGGAAAUAUAGAUGUCAAAUGUUUCAAGGCUACGCUGUGAUGAUUCCAUUUUUUUCCAAACCAACGUGAUAACGUUUUCAACAAGUAAAAUAAAUAACAUAUUAGUGUCCGGGACGAGAGGUUACAAUCCAAAUCGAUGUGUUGUGUUCGUUCCGCCGAUUGUAAACAUUCAUAAGUUUCGGAAACCAAAUACGAAAGAAAGAUGGGAUAUUAUUGCACGGUCCCUCAAUGCACGUCGCUUGCCGGCAAAACGAAAAACGUGAAAUUUCAUCGGUUUCCUCGUGACGUUACUAUGGCAGACAAGUGGAACUUAAUUCUGAAGAGAGGCAAGCCGUAUACGAAGUAUUCAAAAGUCUGCAGCCUGCAUUUCACCCAGGCCGAUUAUAACGUCACAACUAUGGGUAAGAAUAAAGGUCAAUGGAAGACGUUAAGCAAGGAUGCGGUGCCUUCACAGAAUCUGCCCAAGCUGAACCCUGAUGGUACAGUCAUGGUGAUCAGGAAGAGUCGCACCGUCAAGUACAGGGAGGGAAAGAAGGAGGAUAUCCAUGGUGAGAAACCAGACAAAUGGUCCUUGAACCUGGCACAACACACACACAGUGCCCUUACUCCCAACGAGACACAUAUGGCUUGUGACCCACAGGACAAUAGCCUAGCCUACCGCUACCCAGCAAUAAACAGCAUGAACUUAUCCCCUCAGAUACCAAACCACGCCCAUUUGGGAAUGAAACCAAAAAAACAGGACGCAUUUAUGCAAACCGACCCCGUUCAAUCAGAAGAUGACGACUCGCAACCUAACAACAGUUACAGCGAAGUUUCAGACAAAUACCCUGAAAAUCUAGAAUAUUCCAACUAUCAGAAAGACCCGGAAUUUGACAAAAAAUACGAAGCGAAAGACUACACAAACAAACAAGAUGAUUAUUUACCACAAACAAAUGAAGAAUAUAAUAAAGAAGCUGAGAAAUAUGCUCUAGAAAGAAAAUCCUUAAACGGUUAUGAAAAACCUUUGUUAGAAAAUUUCCCGAAACCGGUCGAAAAUUACCAGAAAGUCAACGAUAUGUAUUCAAAUUUUGACAAGUCCUUUCGUCCGGAUUACCCGUUUCAAAAUUAUCCAGACAGCGUUGAGCUUUUGAGAAACCAGCAACAUAAUUUGCAAAUGUUGCAAGAACAACAUAGAAUUAACGAGAAUCAAAACUUUUUUAACGAAAACCAUAUAAAGCAGGAAAUUGAUAUUAACGUUGAAGAUGAUAAGUUUAUUUCGAGUUAUGAAAGGAAUAAAGAACAAUUAGACGCGGACAUGUACAACAGCCGGCGACUGAUCGAACAACAACGCUUGCUCGAACAAAUACAGCAUCAGGUUAAACAGGAGCCUGAUACUCCUACUGGAUGUGAGAACGUGAUGCAGCCACAAGGCAGCCCGUACUACCAGUCAAACAAUCAUAAUAAUGUUACAGCAGGUUACUAUGAGCAGCUGUCCCGACCCGGACCAGAACUUCUCAUCGCCAAACAGAAUGCACUAGCUGCCCAUACGCAACUCUGGCAAAAUACAAUGAAGCGGCCAUUUUUCUAUAGUGAGACGCCGCACUACAAUAGUAGUCCCAUACUGCAUAGAUAUGAGGACAUCCCAAGAAUUCUCCAGUGAUGAGACAUUCCAAAGUUUCGCAAAAAACAUUUAAAUAUAAAAAAAGGUUUAUUGUAAAAAUAUAAUUCUCUUGACAACACUAUAGGUAAUCUCUAGAUGGUUAUUUUUAUUAUUUUUUUAAUAAUUAUUAAUAAUGGUUACGAUAAUAAUAUAUUUUUGAAUAUUAAGCGUGCGGUCCCUUGUCGAAAAUAAAGUAUAACUAUGUUUUUUAUUUAUUUUUUAAAUAUUAUUUUUUUAUUAUUUAGUCAUUUUUCGAGGGACCAACCGUUAGAUUACUAUGCUACUUGUGAUAUAAUUUUGAGUUUAAUAUAAGUCGAAUUUUUCGGAAUGUUUUAAGUAUUUUUUUUUGUAUUUUGGUACCCCUUGAAGGAGAAACAUAUUUACGUCUAUAUCCUUUCCAGACGUUAAAAAUCGAAUUACAUUUCAAAUCUGACCAGUAAUUCCAGAGAUAUGCUCGUUCAAACGAACAAAAUUUUCAGCUUUGCGAUAUGAAAUUAAAUUAGAAUUAAAUUAAAGAAAAUUCCUUCACUGGGGUUCUAAAAUACAAAUAAAAAAACAUAUUUAAAUCCGUCUUAUAUUAAACGCAAUAAUAACAUAGUAAUGUAAAUUAAUAUCUUUAUAAUAAUUACUAUUAUAAUAUAUAAAUAUAAAUGAAUAAAAGCAAAAAUUGUACAAAUCGUCGGGAAAAAAUGGAUAAUUGUGUCGCUUUUUUAUAUAUUUAAUAAUAAUCAAAGUAUUUAUUUCAUUUGAAAAUUAUUUAUUUAUCAAAUUGCAUGAGCCCUUCUUUUGUGUAAAAAAAAUAUUUUGCGUUUUGAAAAAAAAUAUGAUCAAAUAAAUUUUCAUGUAUUUUACAAUUCUCGUCAAAUAAAAUGACUGCUCUGAAGUUAGCGUUAUAUUAGAUGACAUCAGACAAGUGUUCUAAGUGUAAAAACUUAACAGCCGCAAAGAUAUUUGACGAGACGUGUAAAGAUUGUACACUUUCAUCAAAGAAUAUGUGUCAUUUGAACAUCUUUGGCAGUCGUUACGGGUAGUCAGAAGCCAGUAAGUCUGACACGCCAGUCUUAGCAAGGGAUAUUCGGUUACCCGGGUAAAGAACAUAGUUGGGAAAAGGCCAGACAAAUAACGUGACUUUUUUGUAUUUUUCUUAUGUGAAAAUAUUUAUUUAUGUAAAAAUUACAUAGAAGGGUGUAUUUUGAUAUUUAUUUAUAAAAAAUAUAAAUUAUUUCUAUAAAUACUGUGUUGUUGCCAUUCUUAAAAUUAAGAAAAAAAUCGUCUCGUUUAGUCAAAACGUAUCUUUUUAAUAUUUUAUUUAUAAUUUAAAUCUAAAUCUGAUUAUUUUCACCGUUGUUUUGUUUAGUAUUUUAGUUUCUUUGUUUGUUAUAUUAUAUAAAAAAAUAAUAAUAUAUAUAAAAUAUGUUUUAUGUGAUUUUUUUGUAAUGUGAAAAAUUUCUUGGAAUUGUCGAAAAAAUUAUGCCAAUUUUAAAGUGAAUAGGCAGGUCCCGUUUACUUGUAAUACACAAUCCAAGUUAUUUUUUCGCAUAUUUUUAAUGUAAAUGACUGUUUGGAUAAAAGUGACCUAAGAUUGCAUUUUUUUUUAUCUUUUUUGCUAAAAUUUCAUCAAAAAUUUGAAAAAAAUCUGGCAAAAAAAUUGGGCCCAAUGUUGUUAUAACAUUAUUUUUUUCUAUCAAAAAUGUUGCCAGUGCUAAUUAUUUAUUUGGUUUUUAUAUCUUAUGACUUUUUGAUUAUUUUUUUUUUUGUGAAUAGGUCACUUUUUUCGUCCGAAAAGUUUUUUUUUAAACUUUGAUAUUAUUUUGUAAAACAAUGAAUAGUUUUUAAUUAAUGACGGAUAGUUACCAGUAUCGUACAUGUCUUUGCCAUUUUAAUGCUCUUUUGUAUACAUUUUAUUAUUUUUUUGCUGUCGCUUACGAUGUUUUGACACUAAUAACUUGUUAUAAAAGUAAGUUACUUUGGUUAGGGAGAUUGAAUUAUAACUGACUAUUGAAAAAAAUAAAUUUAAUACUUAUAUUAUUAAAAAACAGACCCCUACUCUUUUUAUGCGGUUUCGUGUGAAAAGGAUAAGCCAUUUAAAAAUAUUUUUUCAUUUCAAAAUGAAAAAAUCCGAUAUUUCGCAAUUAAAAAACAUUUAUGUGUCAGUCUUAAUAAUGAUUGUAAAAAUAAAAUGUUCCGAUGAAUUAAGAAUACUCCUCUUUGGGAAGUCGGUUAAAAGUACAUCAUCAUUCAUUUUAGAUAGUAUUUUUUUCUUAUUAAAAAUAUAAUCAACUAACUUUUUAACGUACAAGAUACUUAGUCAGUUUUGUUACCAACUAGACUAGUUAAACGAAUAGUCAAACUAGCUAAAUAUUGAGUCAUCAGUUACCAUUUAACUGUAACAAUAUAGUUUUACGGUUAUUUUCAACAACCUAUUUAUCUUCCUUAUUUUUCUGCAUUAUGAUCAAGAAAAAGUAACUAAGUUAUAAUCGAUUUUUUUGUGGCUUAAAAAACUUCUGAGACUUGACAAGCUUGUAAAUACUGGUUUUAUUCUCAAAAAUACAUUUUUUUUAGAAAAAAAAUGUCCAUUCCUUUCUGUCAGUCGUCAUACUAACAUCCACUUACUUCUUAUUCAUGUCAUCUUUCGGGCAAUCCAUGAUCUUCAAAAAAAAACCUAAUUUUAAUAAAAAAAAUAUAUAUAUAAAUAGGGUAUUGAAAAUAACUAUUAUUCAUAUUUAGUAAUUAAAACAUCGUAAGCGACGACAACUAUGUAACAGCUUUGGAUAGUCGGACAAUAGUGGGGCGACUGUAGCGCGACUGUGGUGCAACUAGAAUUCCAUUACGUUCCGUUUUUCUAAUCGUACGUAGUUUAUAUUGCGAAUGCCAUUUUGUAUUAUAAGUAUGUGUUUAAUAUUCUGGUGAUUUUAGAUGGUAAUGCACUUUUUAAAUAUCUUGGUAUAUAGUACUUUUGAUUUAUUUGAAAUUUUUAUAUGUAGUAACUUUAUCAAAUGAAUUGAAAACACUGCGAUUCGAUCAAAUAUUUAAAUCAACAUUUCUGCUAGAAGUAUAAUCGUGUGAAAAUUCCUAAAACUUAAUUUUAGUAAAUAGUCUAUACUAAUAUUAUAAAGAGGAAAACUUUGUUUGUUUGGUUGUAAUGGAUAAACUAAAAAACUACUGGACCGAUUUUAAAUAUUCUUUCACCAUUACAAAGCUAUAUUAACUGCGAGUAACAUAGGCUAUAUUUUAUGCCGGUGCGGGCAGUAGCUCCCACGGAAAACGGCUAGUUUUAAUAUAAAAUUGACUAAGAUAUUUAAAAAUGUACUACUACUAUUACAUUUCUUUUUAUUGAUUUAUUAAAAUUAAAAUAAAAUUAAAGUCAAUUCCAGUGACUAUCUCAAUAGAAAAGUGCAAAAUGUCAUUCGUAAUUUAACAACUUUUUAUAUUUAAAAACUAUUGGUCAAAAAUGAAAAUUAUGCUUGCUAAAACUUCUAAAAGAAAUUAUAAUGUAAAAGGAGAUAUUUUUUAAAAGUGAUAAUUUAUCGAAUUUACGUGGCAAUUAAUAAAAAGUGUAAAAAUGGUAGGUUAGAAAGAAAAAAAAUUGGUCACAACAAAAAUUUGAAUUUUGUAAAGAAAAAAUCUUGCCAAAGUCUUGUUUUUUUUUUAAUUUUUGUAUUUUUUUUUUCGUUUUUGAUUGUUAAAAGUAGGGUGAUCAAUAGUCAUUUUUUUAAGAAAUUAUAUAGUUUUAUAAGUUUAAAGUUAUGGGAGGUGGGUAAACAUGACUUUUGACUUUUUUUAAUUUUAAUAAUUUUGGUGCUCGUUGAAAUAUUUUCCGAAUUUUUGUAUCUGCAUUUUUUUUAGAAUUUUCUUUAUGAGUACAAUAUAUUGAAUUUUCGAACGCACAGUAGGAAGAUCGCUAGAUUUUUUUUAUAACAUUUUUUUUAGAUUUGAUGAAAAAAAAUCUUUUAUUUACUCUAGAAAUUAAGAUAAGUAAGGAAUGUGGGAACGUAGCUGUAAGGAAGAAAGAGCGCGUAUUUAGUUAUUUUUUUGUGUUAUUUUGUAAUUAUUUGUUUUCGGUCGUAUUUUGGAUAUUAAUGGCGGAGAGAAAUAUGUUAUAUUUUAACGCGCUCUAUAUAGACCAAAGCUGUGAAAUAAUGUAAAGAAAGUUGAGUAACAUUAAGAAUAAAGUAUGCUUUUACACAAA